AUGUUUGCUCAAUGUAAAAGUUAUUUGCUUUCUUUAAGCAACAAUUCGUUCUAUACAUCAUUAAAGGCUCGUUCAUUUCAUACGUCAUUACUUUUACAAAAACGUCAUUCAAAAGAUAUAAAACGAAAAAAUCUUAUGAAAAAAGUUUCCAAAUUACAACAAGAAAAAUUGCAAAAACCAAAUGUCAUAACAGGAGUACCAACGACAUUUACAAAUUCAUUUUUACGUCCUUCACAAGUUUACGCUUCAACUACAGCUGUACAAGCUAGUAAAUUAUCAUCUGAAAAUAAUCAUCAAUACAGGAAUUAUUUUUUAGACCAAAAGGAUGAAGAAUUUUUAUUUAAUAUUACACCAACUAUUAUAACAGAACAUUCUACGCAAGGAGAUCAAGUUAAAAUCGAAUCAAGAGAAUUAGAAAAAGUUCAAAUACUUAAAAAUCUUACUAGUUUACAUAAUGCUAAUUCUAAAAGUAUUUUGUUGUAUAAUAUUCAAUUAGCGAUUAAAGAAUUUGCUAGAAAAGAAGGCGAUACCGGUAGUGCCGAGGUUCAAGGUUAUUAA